AUGCCACCAGAGGAUCACAAGUGGAUUGGCAAAAGGCUUUUCAAAAUUGGAUCCAAAGUAAAGCCAGCACUUCGUGAUGACCUCCAGCUCUGGUAUUACCCCCCACAGCCAGCACUUAUUUACAAUCAGGCUCCAGCUCCAGACAGAUUAUUUUGUCAUUCUCUUCUGCUGUGGAUGCCAUACAAGCUGUGGAGGGUUAAGGUUCUCUGUCCCAAUCCAGCCUGCGGACAACAUCAGCUGACAGGAGGUGGUCUGCACAAAAGGGCACGGCAGGUUCUAGACAUUGACAGAACAUACAAUAUGGUCACAGAAACCCUUAUCUGUACCAAGUGUAGAGCCUCGCAUGUGUCCUGGAGUCAGACUGUCCUGCAACAGCUAGAUCUGGGCCAUCGCUCUGAGUUUCAGGUCAUCCUCACGCGGAAGUACGCCUGUGAUAUGCGGGUCAUCAGGCUCUUGCUUGAGCGUGGCUUAGGCAAUAGUCCCACGCGGGUGAUAAAGCAGCUGCGUGAAAACCACAGCGAGCAGUGGCUCCAUCGUCUGGCCCGGUACACCACCCAAUGUGUUGACUUCCUCAAUCAACCCGGGGUGAUGCCAGUAAAAUUCCAGGAGCCCCCAGAGCCUACGGUGGUGCCAAGCUGCAAGUGGUUGCUCACCGUUUACAGCCAAGACAUUCUGACCAGGCUGGAUGAAAUCCAUGCAAGGAUAACAUCCACCUAUGGCUCUGUCUUGAAGAUGGAUUCUACUAAAAAGAUCACCAAGAAGCUGGCUGGGACAGCGAGGGGAACGGGACUCUGGCUUACCUCUGUUGGCAACGAGUUUGGUCAGGUGCUCAUAAGUGUGCUGACAGCCCAGGAAGGAGCAGGACUUGACAUGAUGGUAGACGGUCUGGUGAAAAGAUACCAGCAGGCUGGUGUAAAUCCACCUUCUGUGUUGUACGUGGACUGUGGGUGCUGCAGCGAGGUGAGCGAGAGCAAGCUGAAAACCAGGUUUAGGGGCUGGCCAGAUCUCAUGAUACGCUUGGACAUCUGGCAUUUUAUGCGCAGGAUUGCCUUGGGGUGUACAACUGAUGCCCAUCAGUUGUACCCCAUCUUCAUGUCACGGCUAUCAGCAUGCAUCUUUGAAUGGGAUGCAGCUGACGUCUCUAUCCUUCGCAAAGCAAAGAGAGAGCUGUUGAUGUCCCAGGGUUGGCCUGCGCUGACAGAUGAAGAUGUAAACAAGCAUCUGACCAGAGAGGAGCUGGCUCUACAUUGCCGGAGGAGGACCCAUUGA